UUUGAAACAGACAUCAUAUCUAUUCAUAUAUUUUCUAUAUCAUGUGUUGAUCACUGGAAUAUUGAGCAUGCGCUGUAGCUAGAACAGUUAUGAAACMAUUUAUUGCACUGGAAGAACUGUACCCUGGAAAGAAAACCCUAGACAGUUUAAUUUACAUUUUGAGAGACCACCCGUGGGAUUUAACGACACUGUCAACGGCAAUUACAUAAGAGACAUCCUUGAGUACACAUUACAGUCCCUGUUUCAAAUAUGUCCAAGAACUCCAUCCACUGGUUCCGGAAAGGACUGCGUCUCCAUGACAACCCAGCUCUGCUGGAGGCGGUGCGGGAUUCAGACACGGUGCGCUGUGUCUACUUCCUGGACCCCUGGUUCGCUGGCUCCUCCAACCUGGGGGUCAACCGGUGGAGGUUCCUGCUGCAGUGUCUGGAAGAUCUAGACGCAAGCCUCCAGAAGCUCAACUCCCGUCUAUUUGUGAUCCGAGGCCAGCCGGCCAACAUCUUCCCCCGACUCUUUAAGGACUGGAACAUCUCUCAGCUGACGUUUGAGUGUGACUCUGAGCCAUUCGGUAAGGAGAGGGAUGCAGCCAUUAGGAAGCUGGCCACAGAGGCUGGAGUGGAGGUGGUCAGCAGGACCUCACACACACUCUACGACCUGGACAAGAUCAUGGAGCUGAACGGGGGUCACCCUCCUCUCACCUUCAAGCGUUUCCAGAUGUUGGUGGGCUCCAUGCUGCCCCCGGACUCCCCAGUAGAGGCUCUGUCCCAGGCCAGCAUGGGUCGAUGUGUCACCCCCGUCUCAGACAACCACACGGACAAGUAUGGAGUGCCCCUACUGGAGGAGCUGGGCUUUGACACUGAGGGCUUGGCUCCAGCUGUGUGGCCUGGAGGAGAGAGUGAAGCUCUCACCAGGGUAGAAAAACAACUUAGACCUGACCUCUCCACAAAAUGGCAGGUGAAUUUUGAGCGUCCCAGGAAGACCGCCAGCCCCCUGCUCCCCAGUCCUCUGGGUCUCAGCCCCUACCUCCGCUUUGGAUGUCUGUCCUGUCGACUCUUCUACAGCAAACUGGCAGAGCUCUACAAGGAGGUGAAGACGAACAACAGUCCUCCCAUCUCCCUCUACGACAAGCUGCUGUGGCGUGAGUUCUUCUAUACAGCUGCCACUAACAACCCUCGUUUCGACAAGAUGGAGGGCAACCCCAUCUGUAUCCGCAUCCCCUGGGACCGCAACGCAGAGGCGCUGGCCAAGUGGGCCGAGGCCAAGACGGGCUUCCCCUGGAUCGACGCCAUUAUGACCCAGCUGAGGCAGGAAGGAUGGAUCCACCACCUGGCCAGACACUCUGUGGCUUGCUUCCUCACCAGAGGAGACCUGUGGAUCAGCUGGGAGGAGGGGAUGAAGGUGUUUGAGGAGCUGCUCCUGGAUGCAGACUGGAGUGUGAAUGCAGGCAGCUGGCUGUGUCACUCCUGCAGUUCCUUCUUCCAGCAGUUCUUCCACUGCUACUGUCCUGUGGGCUUCGGACGAAAAAUAGAUCCAGAAGGAGACUUCAUCAGGCGAUACUUACCUGUCCUGAAAGACAUGCCAGACAAGUACAUCUACGACCCUUGGAACGCCCCCAUAGAGGUGCAGUCGGCGGCCAGGUGUGUGGUCGGCGUGGACUACCCCAAACCUAUGGUGAACCAUGCAGAGGCCAGCCGAUUCAACAUAGAGAGGAUGAGACAAAUCUACCAGCAGCUGUCCAGAUACACAGGAAUCUGCUUACUAGCUGCUGUGCCAAACAGUCCUAUUGAGGGUCUGAAUGUGAAUGCGGUCAAGCCGCUGACCUCGCCCUCUACUGGUAGAAAACACAGCGGGACCAACAGCCAUCAUGGCCGUGGUAGAGAAAACAGAAGUGUAAUAAUGAACGGCUGUGGAAUGGCGCACACAGAACAGGCCCAAUCGUCCAAUCAGGAACUCUGUCGGACAGGAUGUGCCCAUGACUUUGCUGUGCCUCAGUAUCCAGGUUAUCUGGUCCGGGGCGGGGCCGGGUGCAGGUCUAGGAAGAGUAGACGGGAGUUGGAACCGGAAGUGGCCGGAGACAACGACUCUCUGUCUUACGCCUUCAAGGUGCAGCGACACAAUAAACAGAAGACUACGUGUCAGCAGGAUGAGAGGAUGGCUGUGUCUUCAUAAGCUGCUGCCGUCAUAGAUGGAUAUUAUUAUACAUACUGUACAUAGAUGUUUAAAUAUUUUACAUUUUUGUAUCAAGGAAAAGCCUCUGUUCCUGUAUGAGAUGUGACAUGAAAGUCCCUGAGUCUUACUUUUCAGAUUUGUGAUCUCAAAUGUAUUAUUUCAAUUUGAAAAAAAAUUGAAAUCAGUUUGGAUUUAUUGUAAUCUAAUUUUGGGAGCCCAAGGUUAGGACUAAAUUCCUCACCUAGGUUGAACAUGACUGAUGAUGUAAAUAUGUCAGUAAGACUGUUAGACUGUAGCUUUACUUCUGUACUGUAUGUGUGAAACAGCCUGAUAGCCUGAAGACAAAUUCCAUCUGGACUUAUUCUGACAGAGCAGACAGACGAAUAAUAUAACCAUUUCACAGGAGACAUGAUAUUUAGAUCCGGAUCACCCAUUACCUCUAGUGUUUACCUUUGACCUCUCACCCUGAGGAUCACAGCAAGCGAAUUGGUCAGAUCAAACCAGCUGCUCUCUGUAGCGAAAGUGUGUGUAAUAGCAUAUGGCUGUUCAUGUGUUAUUUUCCCAACAUGUUUCUAGUUUCUGCUAAAAUGGAGGGUGAAGAAUGAAUGCUAUUCUGGGUAUAGAAUAUGAAGUGUCAAAACGAGGUCAGUGUUACUUCUGUUGGUAGACCAGUGUCCUAUACUAGACAGUAUUAGACACACAGCAGUAAUGUUCCAUCUAUCCAGCAGUCUGUUGGAGACACCGCCGUUGGAAAACGUUCUUAGAUUCACCAGAUUCUGAAAGAUGUAUUACCAUUACAUUCCUUUAUACUGUUUUCCAUAGUGUAAUGUCAACUCCCUCAAAUGUAAUAUCAGUGACCAGCAGGCAGGACGUCAAUAUUCAGUUUGAAAAUGCUAGUGUAUGUUGACUGGUAUCAUGCAGGUUAUAUGUUUCCAUAAAUAACAGUAUGUUGCUUUUGUACAUUUUUGUUUUCCCUCUGGCACUGUGUAUGGCUGCUUUUGUUUUUACAGAAUUACCAAAAAAUUGCCUUGAUAUACAUGUUCAAAUAAUGUAUAUACAGUAUACCUCUCUCUGCUCGUCUAUGUAGACUAUUCUAUUUCAACUGAAAUUAAAUGGUUGAAACAACUCUCUGUACACUUAA